UCCCGGGGUUUUCCCAGGGAACGGCAGCGCUGGGAACGGGGGAAGCGGCUCGGUCUGUCCGUCCGUCCGUCCGUCCUCAGUCCCCACCCCUGCUCCUGCGCGCUCCCGCCGCCCCCAGGAGGCUCCCGGGGCCCCACCGGGGCGGGCACGGGGCGGAGCCGGCCCGGGAGGGUCCCGGCCCGGAGGCAGGACCGAGGGCGGCUCGGGCCCGCCCCGGCGGAACGGAGGCGCUCGCUGCCCGGUGCCCGCUCCCGGUUCCCAUUCCCCGUCCGAGCUCCCGCAGCGGCGGCACCGACGAGUGGGGAGCGCACGCACGUUCGGCACCGCCGGUCCCGCCGGUUCUCCCGGUUCCCGGUGCCGGUACCGGCUCCGCCAUGCCCUCCCCGUACCCGCGGCAAGCCCUGAUGGUGCUGCUGCUCUUCGGGACCCUGUCCGCCGCCAUGGCCCUGCUCUCCUCCAGCCUCAUCUUCCAGCUGCCGUCGGGCCGGGCCGCUCCCGGUGCCGCUGCCGGGGCGCUCCCGGAGCCGGUGGCCGCCGCUCUGCUGCCGGUGGCGGCCGCGCUGGCCGCGCUCUGCCUGGUGCUCAACGUGAGCUGCCUCCUGCUCUGCCUCCUGCACGGCUACCUCAGCACCGAGCUGUGCCGGGGGCAGCCCGGGCCCGAGCGGGCAGCCUGGUUCCUCCUGGACAGCCGGAGCGUGCGGCACGCGGCCAUCGGCCUCUUCUGCUGCGGGGUCUGCCUCUACCUCACAGCCCUGGCGCUCUCCAUGCUGCUGCUGUUCCAGCCGGAGGCCGGCAUUGCCGGCGCCUGCAUCCUGGCCUCUGGAAUUCUCGUCCUGCUCAUCUCCCUGCUCCACGCGCUGCUCCGCGCUUCCCGCAUCUCCCGCGGCUCCGAGCUUUCCCGAGCCCUCUACGAGAACGACUCCGGCAGCGAGAGGAGCGCGGCGCCGCCCCGGCCCCGCCCCGAAAUCCACCGGGAAUUCUCCCUCCCACCUUUCCUGGAGGGCAAAUCCCAGCCGGGCUCGGCCUCCAGCAGCAACCUGAGCUCCAGGAGCAGGGAAUUCCACAGGGAAUCCCAGCAGGAAUUGUCCAGGAGCAAGGAAAUUCCCAGAGAAUCCCAAUCCCAGGACUGGUCCAGGAGCGGGGAAUUCCUCAGGGAAUCCCAGCAGGAAUUGUCCAGGAGCAGGGAAUUCCCCAGGGAAUCCCAGGAAUUUUCCAGGAGCAGGGAAUUCCCCAGGGGAUCCCAGGACUGGUCCAGGAGCGGGGAAUUCCUCAGGGAAUCCCAGCAGGAAUUGUCCAGGAGCAAGGAAAUUCCCGUGAAGUCCCAGUCCCAGGACUGGUCCCGAACCCACAGGACCCUGCUGGACUCGGGGCUGCUCCAGGAGCAGGGAAAGCCCUGGAAUGUCCCCAGCAGGGAGAUGAGGAAUGUGCUGUCCCACAGGGCCACCAAGGACUCCACGCUGGUGUGAGGGCAAUCCGGGAUUUUCCUGGAGGAGGAGCUGCUGCUUUUCCACGGUUUUGGGGCUUUUUUUUCCUGGGAAAAUUCCUUCACCCACAGCUGGAAGGCCAGUGCUGCCGGCCUGGAGAUCCCAAACCCAUCCCAAACCCCCCAGG